UUCCCUUCUGGGCUGGACCAAAGAACAACGUUUCACAGAAUGAAAGAAGUUAAGCGAGACUUCAUCUGCAAGUAACCCUAUGCAUAAGUUACAAAUCCCAUCUCCCUUUUUGCCGUUUUAUUAGAAGGAGACCACUUAAAUUUGCUUCAUGGACUCCAAGGAUCUGCGCUUCAUAACAGACCAAUCUGUUUUCUCUAUUGUUCGAUCGGGGGACCUUGAUGGGCUCACGCAUAUCCUUGACCAGCUGAAAAAGGAAGAAUCUUUAGAUGGGUUCUCGGUGUCUGAUCUCAUGUGCCUACAGAACGAUGCUGGUGAGACGCCUUUGUACAUCGCUGCAGAGCAUAAUCUCUGCGAGGUGUUCAGCUACUUACUCAAGCUUUGUGACUUGGAAGUGGUGAAGAUGAGGUCCAAGUCUGAUAUGAACGCGUUUCACGUAGCAGCAAAACGUGGCCAUCUGGGUAUUGUGAGGGAGUUUUUGCGUACUUGGCCUGAAGUUUGUGAGUUAUGUGACUCCUCAAACACUAGCCCCUUGUAUUCAGCUGCUGUUCAAGACCAUUUAGACGUGGUGAAUGCUAUCUUGGAUGUUGAUGUCAGUUCAAUGAUGAUUGUUAGGAAAAAUGGAAAAACUGCUCUGCACAACGCUGCUAGGUACGGCCUCCUUCGGAUUGUGAAAGAACUUAUUGAACGAGAUCCAACAAUUGUCUGCAUCAAAGAUAAGAAAGGUCAAACUGCCCUGCAUAUGGCUGUAAAAGGACAGAGUCCUUUAAUGGUGGAGGAGAUAUUGCAAGCUGAUGCCACUAUUCUGAAUGAACGUGAUAAGAAGGGUAAUACAGCUCUACACAUAGCUACACGCAAAGGCCGUUCACAGAUAGUAAGCCUUUUGCUCAUCUACAAAGCUAUGGAUGUGAACGCCAUCAAUAAUCAGCAAGAAACAGCAUUGGAUUUGGCAGAUAAACUGCAGUAUGGAGCUACAGCUUUGGAAAUCACGGAGGCCCUUGAAGACUGUGGUGCCAGGUAUGCCAGGCAUGUUGGGAAAGUGGAUGAAGCUAUGGAACUCAAAAGAACUGUGAGUGAUAUAAAGCAUGAAGUGCAGUCACAACUCAUACAAAAUGAAAAAACUCGCAGAAGAGUGUCUGGUAUUGCUAAGGAACUGAAAAAACUUCAUAGAGAAGCAGUUCAAAACACCAUAAAUUCUGUCACAGUUGUUGCUGUUCUUUUUGCCUCAAUAGGAUUCUUGGCUAUCUUCAAUCUUCCUGGCCAAUAUAUAAAGGAUGGAGCCGAGUCAGGGAAGGCUCACAUAGCUGAUAAGGUUGCUUUCAGAUCUUUUUUUCUUCUAAACGCUACAUCUCUCUUCAUUUCUCUAGCUGUUGUUGUAGUUCAGAUCACUUUGGUAGCAUGGGACACUGGGGCUCAAAAGCAGGUCGUUUCAGUGGUGAACAAGAUGAUGUGGGCUGCAUGUACGUGUACUUGUGGGGCUUUUCUUGCAAUAACUUUUGUUGUUGUUGGAGAUCAAACAUGGAUGGCUAUUACCAUAACUAUUUUUGGUGCACCAGUUCUAGUUGGGACCCUAGCAAGCUUGUGUUACUUUGUGUUUAGACAACAUUUUGGAAUUAAUUUCUGCAGCGGUUCACGUAGACGCAUCAAGAGAGCAAGUGGAAGCAAGUCUUUAUCAUGGUCUUACUCUGCAAAGAUAUCUGAUUUGGAGCGAUAUGAUUCUGACAUGGAGAAGAUCUGUGCUCUUUAGACCAAAUGGUUCAUCACAGAACAGCCCUGUUUCUGCCUUAGAACUGGAACUCAUCUUGCCGCUUCGAAUUUUUUCAUGUGAAAUUAGUCACGAGAGAUCCCUAGGUAUAGAACAUGAAAGCAUGCACUUUUUGGAGGAUCUAUGUUGAGCAGUUUUACGUGUCUGUCCAUAUUUAAUUUCCCUUUGUUAUUUAGUAGGAAGUUCGGUGUGUUUUAUUCAUCAUCAGUGUUGAAGAUCAGGACUUGAAUUUAGGUUUCUGUAUAUGAAAGAAUGAAAAGGUUGUCCGAUGCGUAUGCUGUUGGUAGAUAUGAUCUCAUGUGAAAGAAAAAGUUCUCAGAGCUUAA